AUGUCACUUCGCGAUGAAUCGUCAACAUUACCCGGAAUUUCGACAAGAGGUGAUGUUCGUUUCGAUCAACCUUGGUCGCUGCCACAAAUCUCAGUCAUUAUGGAUAUUAAUGAAUUAUCGACACAAUCACAGCGAUAUCUCAUCAGUAACUUCAGUUACAGUCCAGGUUUGGGCAAUAUAAUGUUUCAAUAUGCAGCGAUGAAAUCUUUAUCAAUAAAAUAUAAUGCUAGGAUUAUUUUACCGGAAAGCUGUAAACUGCGUCGGGCUUUUCAAUUGAACGCUACCUAUUUGUCGGAUGAUCUAACCGAAUUGUUGAUAAAAAACCUUGAUAAUCGAAAAAUUGAUUUCAAAGAAUGUUGCAAAUAUCAACAAGAAUUAAUGAAUGGAUUAUUCUCAAAUGCAAGUCAAAAUAUUGAAUUAUUGACGGGAUAUUUUCAAACUUUUCGGUAUUUUCAUCCAGAAGAGGAAAAAAGGAUAAGAGAGGAAUUUACUUUUUUGCCAGAAAUAAAAAAGAAAGCAGAAAGAUAUUUGCAGUUGGCCAAAUCAGAAAGGCUUAAUUAUAAAAAAGAUAAAAAUAAUAAUUAUGUAUUUAUUGGAGUUCAUGUGCGUCAUGGUAUUGAUAUUACGAUGAAUAGUCGAAAUUAUUUACAUGGACAUAUUGCCGCAAACCCGCGAUAUUUUUCACAUGCAAUGGAUUAUUAUCGAACAAAGUACAGAAAUUUAAUAUUUAUGAUAAGUAGCGACAAUGAAUAUUGGACAAAAAAAUAUAUUAAAGGAAGAGAAGAAGGUGAAGUAUUCAUUCUUUCCACGGGUUAUCGAGAAGUUGAUUUGGCUGUUUUAUCGGUCUGCGAACAUAUAAUAAUGAGUACAGGAACAUUUUCAUGGUGGGCAGCAUAUUUGGCUGGUGGCAGCGCUAUAUAUUACAAAAAUUGGCCAGCGAAUGGUUCAAUUUUGGAAAAAAUGGUCGAGAAAAAAGAUUAUUUUCUGGAAAAUUGGAUGCCAAUGUCUUAA